UCUCCUCACUUCUGCAACUAAUACCCUCCCGGAAUCUCUCAUGGCCAAUCUCAGCUCCUCCUCUUCUCCGAUAACCAAAACCUCCCACUCCUCCUCCGCCACCGCCUCCACCACCAUCACCACAUAAAACCAUCCUCCAUCCUCAAUCUCUCAUUGUAUCCAUCUAAUCCGUCAAUUUCUUCUUUAAUGGAUUUGAGAAAAAUAACUCUUCUCCACAAAACAAAACCUAAACGCCUUUUAUUAUUCUUCACGAACCCUAUUUCUUCAAUCUCAUCACCAUCUCCAUCUCCGCAACCACAAUCAAAUGAUUCAGAUCAAAAUCUACUUAUUAUUAAUAAGGUAAAAUCAAUUCUAUCGAAUUCAAUUCUUGAUACAUCGAAAUGUAAAGAGGAAUCAAUUAGAUUAUUAUCUCCAUCAAAAUUUGAUUACGUUUUAUUCAAUAUUCAAUCUACUGUUAAUCCUAAAACCACAUUGAAUUUCUUUUCAUUUGCUUCUCAAAAUCUAGGAUUUCGUUUUACACUUAGAUCUUAUUGUAUUUUGAUUCAUAUACUUAUUCGUUCUAAUCAAAUUGAUUCCGCAAGAUUGUUUCUUAUUCGUUUAAUUGAUGGGAAGUUGCCGAAUGCCGUGUUUGAGAAUCUAGAGUAUAAACAUAUUGAGAUUGUAAAGACAUUUUCAGAUUCCAUUUUGAAGAAAUCUGGGGAUCAUGGGAGUGGUGGUGAUGGUGCAUUUGAUUUGUUAGUUCAUGUUUAUUGUACUCAGUUUAGGAAUUUUGGGUUGGGGAUUGCGUUCGAUGUGUUUAGGUUGCUUACUGGUCAAGGUUUGUUUCCAUCGAUUAGAACGUGUAAUUUCUUGUUGGAUACACUUGUGAGAGGGAAGGAGUUUGAGAGGAGUAUUGAGGUUUUUAACAUUGUUUAUUCUUCGGGUGGUAUUGUGAAUCCGGAUGUUAGGACGUUUACUAUGGGAAUUAAUGCGUAUUGCAGGGGAGGGAAAGUUGGAGAAGCGAUUUCCUUGUUUAAGAAGAUGGAGAGUUUGGGUAUUUAUCCGAAUGUAGUUACUUAUAAUACUAUCAUUGAUGGGCUUUGCAAGAAGAAAGAUGUCGAUGAGGCGCUUAGGUUUAAAAAGAAUAUGGUUCAAAAUGAUGUGAUUCCUAAUGUUUACACGUUUAGUUCUAUUAUUAAAGGCUUGAUUGAUUUGGACAAGCUUGAGGAUGCAAAAUGUGUUUUGAAGGAAAUGUCAGAGAAGGGGGUAGUGCUAAAUGUGGUUGUGUUUAAUACUUUGAUUGAUGGGUACUGUAAAGUAGGUGAUUUUUCGGAGGCGUCAACAUUGAUAGAGGAAAUGACGUCAAAAGCGAUCAAUCCGAACGAAGUUACUUAUUAUUCACUAAUUGAUGGCCUGUGCAAUGUGGGCCGCAUGGAAGAAGCUGAGCGUCUCUUGGAGGAGACCUUAUCAAGAGGUCUUUCUGUACGUCCAGGUGUGUUCAAUUCAAUUAUUCACUGGCUAUGUACAAUUUCUAGGUUGGAUUCUGCAGUACGACUCAUAAGGGAGAUGAUGUUGAGAAAUUAUCGGCCCAAUGAAAAGGUUCUGACAAAGCUGGUCAAUGGACUUUGCAAGGAGAGGAAGCAUUCUGUGGCAACUGAGAUUUGGUUUAAAUUAUUGGAGAAAGGAUUUGCCGCCAGUACACCUACCUCAAACGCUUUAGUCAGUGGGUUAUGCAAAUCAAGAAAUAUGAAAGAGGCAGUUAGGCUUCUGAAGGUGAUGAUUGAGAGGGGGUUGCCCCUUGAUAUCGUUAUGUACAACACAAUCAUCGAUGGAUGUUGCAAAGAUGGGAAAGUGGAAGAAGGGUUUAAGCUGAGGGAUGAGAUGGUUAAGCGGGGAGUUAAAUCAGAUAUCAUAACAUAUAGUGCACUGUUACAUGGGUUGUGUGAUAAAGGUAGAAUGGAUGAAGCUGUAAGCUUCUGGAAUGAGAUAAAAAGGGGUGGUCUACUGGCGGAUAUUUAUAUGUAUAACAUGAUGAUAGAUGGGUACUGCAAGGCCAAAAAAGUGGAAGAGGGAAGAAGUUUUUUUAACGAGUUAGUCAGUCAGGGGCUGGAGUUAAAUUCUUCUGUGUAUAACAAUCUUAUCAAAGGUUAUUGUGGAGAUGGAAAUAUGGUUGCUGCAUUCAAACUUCGGGAUGAAAUGAAAGCUAAGGGUAUAAUGCCAAAUGUUAAGACAUAUUCAAUAUUAAUAGGUGGGUUUUGUGAUGUUAGAAAGGUACAAGAAGCAAAGAACCUCUUUGAUGAGAUGAGAACAGAGGGUUUGACCCCAAAUGUUAUCUGUUACACUCAAUUAAUUCGUGGAUUUUGUGAGAUAGGCGAGAUGGAAAAUGCAUCCAAUGUUAUGGAGGAAAUGUGUGCAUUUGGUGUGGCUCCUAAUGAGUACACGUACACCGUCAUGAUUAAUGGGUACUUUAAAAUGUCUGAUCAAAAGGAAGCUAUGAAACUUUAUGGGCAAAUGCUCCAGAAGGGUGUUGCCCCUGAUGUUGUCACAUACAAUACUUUGAUAAAUGGUUUAUGUAUGACAGGAAAGAUGGAAGACGCUUUUAUGGCAUGUGAUGCUAUGUCUCAAAGAGGUUUGGUGAUGGAUAAAGUUACAUAUACCACAUUAGUUGAUGGUUUAUGUAGUUUAGGCUUAUCAAAAGAAGCUACCUUGAUAUCGGAGGGCAUCAUCAAGCGUGGUAUAGUUCCUUGGCAUGUUAAGGCAGACACCCUUUUGUAAGCCUUCUAAUCUGGAGCAAAUCUUGGACUUUUUUUGGAGUUAUACUGCGAUAUCCAGAAUAUGCUGGGGUUAUUUACGUCCUCCUGAGUGUGAUCCCAAAGCUGCUGGAAUUCGUGCAUGGGCGAAGUCGGAGAAGAUUUGCAGGUUGUAUGUAUGGACUAUCGAAGAGGCUGCCUACUUCUCGUCCUCCUUCACCAUUUCCCCCUGCCCAAAUAAAACCUUGACAGUUACCAUUGAUGGUGCAGGCAUGGUUCAGGAACAAAUGGGCAAGAACUGCAACAUAUUUGCAGGGAGAACUUAUAACGAUGUUAAGAACUUUUGGAGUACCAGAAAGAAGAGAUUGGCAAGGAUGUUGCAGACAGCCAGACACCAACGGUGGCAAAGGAAAACAUUGGAAAAUCCCGUCUUGCGUGGACUUGCUUCAUUAGAGGCGAAUGAGAAGUGGAAGAAUUGCGAAUUUGCAGAUCUUUGGUUGAAUGAAAAGGAACCGUAUAAGAUGAAACAAAGCAGGUUUGAAUAGGACGGAAAGAAGAGAAGAGCUAGAGUUGAGCAGCACGUGGUGCAUUGGAAUUAUUAAUUCUACUGUGAUAUAUCAAAGGUGUUUAUUUCUGGAAAUGGGCCUUGGUUGUUUUGGCUAGGCGGAGAAGAAUGUAUGGAAAACGAGAGUUUGAAAUUUGUUCAUUGUUAUCGAGAAAUCAUUCUCUCUGCUGACAAGUUUGUCCAGGAAAGGUGCAUUGUUAGGAAGGGGUCAGCUGGAAACUUUUAGGAUUACUUUGGAUUUGUAUAAUGAUUCUUUGGCUGUUUAGGAGAUUAUCAAGCCCGCAGAGGAUUUUUGUCCAGCUUCUCUUUUUCAUUUACCUAUUUGUAAAGAGGUCCAGCAUGAACUAUACAUAAUGAAAUUACAUAGUGCAGCAGUCCAGGUAUCUUCACAUUUUUCUUUUGCAUUGCAACUCUAAAAGAAAAACGAAAUAUUAUGGUCAUAGUGUUGUGCAAACCCCUUGUCCUUUUCGAGAAAAAUGCAACCAUGAGGGACUGAGAGAUGUCAAAACUCAAAAGUAACUGGACAUAUUUAUCAAAGAAUCCAUUAAUAGUAAUUGGGCUUAACAAAGGCUGGUUGUGCCGAGGGAGAAAUGGAUAAGGUACAGCAAUAACAGCGAAGUCUACGUUGCAGUCUUGCACCAUCAGAGUUCUUCUUUUUGGGGUCUCGGUUGCGAUGCAUUGAAACCGCACUAGGAAAGAGUGUUUUGUUGAGAUCACUCACUGUCUUGUAGUCAUCAUAUGCAGGAUUGUUUCUUCCAGUACAUAUCCAGGCAUGUGAUAAAACUAGGACUUCACAAGAAUGUUGCUCUCACCACGUACGAGAACUAGAGUUAGAUCGGCCUGGGCACAUUCAAGUUGAGCACUGGCUACCAAGGAAGAGUACAGAUUUCAAAGUAAGAAAUGGUUUUUGCGAGAUAUGAGCAGCAGUAAGUUUCUGAACCUGGUAUAAAUAAACAGAAAAUUGUUGGGCCCUAGAGUGCAUCAUGCCCUCACUUCGGAAUAAGAAAUCAGCUCUUUUGCUCUUUCUUUUUUCCUCGAUGGCAAGACGAGUUUCGAACUAAGGUCACUGGUUCUUCACCGAAUGACUUUACCAUUGUAUUACAACAACAUCGGCAAAAUAAACUCUUGAGCAUCCCCUUUUAUCCAGAUUAAUUCAGCAUAUCCAUAUAACAUCUCUGACAUUUUUAUUUGGU